GAACCUCUCUUACCUAUUGCUUCUCUAUCUACAGGUACUAAUGCUUUUUCUUCAAUUAUCCUUAAUAGGCACUCUUUACCAUCACAUCCUUAUGAAAGCAUUAUUCUGAAUGAACCUUCAGCAGUUAAUAUUGUAUUACCUAAUCUUCAAGAUCCACUAUCUUUAUUAUAUUCUUAUUUAACUGGCACUAAUACACAAGCUCAAGAAUUUUGCCAAAAAAUAUGUACUUACAAUGCUGCACUAGCUUUUACUUCAAUAAGAGCAAAAAUUGAUAAUUGUAUUACUGAAAUGAGAGAACAUUCUUUAUAUGUGCAGAUAUAUGUUUAUGAUAUGGAUAAUGAAAUUCAAAAUAGACUCAAUACUGUAUCAGGUUUAGAUGAGUUAACUCUUACUGAGCUUCAAAAUAUGUUAUAUAAUAUUAAUUCAUAUGCCCACUUAUCAUACUUGGAUACUGAAAAACAUCAAGAAAUAAAUAAUAAUAUUGAAGAUAUUGAAAAUAGUGAUAGAGCUCAAAAGUAUGUUACUAUAAUGCAAUAUUAUGCAUAUUGUUUACAAGUAGAUAGACCUGAAGAAGGAUUAUCUCUACAUCUUGCUAACCAUCAUUUUUAG